AUGAAUUCCAAGAUAAAUUUAUCUCCUAUAAACACAGAUACUUUAGACCAUGCGAACGAUAAAGGAUUCAUUUUUCCACUCUUUCUAAAUACAUUUCUCCAGGAAUUUAAUAAAGCACUAAUCAACUUACAUGAAUUCGUAAUAGUUAUAAGAAAUUUGAUUACAAAUAAUCAAUCGAUACCUGUAAACACCGCAUCAAACAAUAAACCACAAGUACAAGUAACAAGUUCUGCACCGGAUGAACAUGUAACUUCGGCAAACAAUCAACAAUCUACACCGGUAAAAAAUGACGAUAAGGAAAAUAUGGAAGAUAACAAAGAGAAGUUGGAAGAUAACAAGAAUCCAGUGACAUCUGAGAGUACUAUAUCAAGUAAUGUACCGAAGGAAAAUGAAAAUCCAAUGACAUUUGAGAGCAUUGCAUCAAGCAACGUAUCGAAGCAACACGAACACGAACGACAAUGGAAUAUAUCACCAGAACUAACGCCCGAGUCGAUCAUCAAGAUCUUAGACAAUGAGAAACCCCAGAUGCGUCUCCUUUCCCUCGUUCCCGUCACAGCGACUGUCAGUUUAACUGCAGGGAAUAACAAUGCUCACUCUGUCAGUCUGGGUGCGAGUCUCGACGGUAUUAGUCUUUCGGAAAGUAACAGUCACAAUCGUCCUACGGGGUAUGAGAUUGAUGGGUCUUCCGUUUCUGUAAGCAAAUCGGCGACUGUUUCUGCGGGAUUAUCAGGAAUUUCUACCGCAGGUGCGGAAGCUUACAAUAACGGUAACAAUGCCAAGACUGAAAGCCAUUCGCUUAGCUUUGGUCAAGCAACUGCAACUUCUUUCGGAAGGAUCGAAAAUGGACAAGCGAUUACCGGUGCUGCAUCUUCCGCUGGUAUUCCGCAAUCCUUUACAAUUGGUGGUAAUCACAGACAAUUUUCGCAAGCUGGUACCGUCAAUGCACGAUAUCCCACAUGGAACAACGUAGGUCCAAACAAUGGAUACAAUGAUCAACGUUUCAAUCGACCAAUGUUGACUAUUUCGAACAUUGAUCCAAACAAUAGACAUAAUGAUCAACGUUUCAAUCAGCCAACAUUGAUUAUUUCGAAACCAUACGAUGAAACAAAUCGACCGAUAUUGAACAUUGAUGCGUCUGGUACAUCCAGGCAAGAACAAAAGCCAACGAUUCACAUCUACAAAUGGCAACCGAAUCGUAGAAUUGCCAGUCCAGAUUUUUCAAUUAAACAUCAAUUACACGAUUCCAGAAACGAUCGAAAUCAUGGAUCGACGAAUCUUCAAAUCGAAAGCAAAGAUUUUAAAAAAGAAUAUUCUGAUAGCGAUUUAAUUUCUGAUCUCGCGCAAACUGUUGGUGAAUUGUUUGAUAUUGUAUGAUAAAAGUACAAAUAAACAAUGGCAUUUGCAG